CGUUUUUCCCUCAACAGCCAAACAGUGAUGACGGAAAAUCAGAACUCGGAGAGUAAAAUCGAACAAAGACGGCGAUAAACACGGGUAAAACAACGUGCAGAAGUUGUUCAUGAGAUACCUGUUGUGCUUACUAACUGUACUAUUAGCUAGUUGUUUUCUCUUAGCCCUAGCCCUAGCGCUUAUGGUUGCGCAUUUAACACCAUUGUCAAUUGCGCGGGAGCAGUGGUCGGGACUUUGGACCUCAGCCGACUAAGAUGACUUCCAAAAUGUGACCAACAGUCAUAACUAUCUGCAGUGAAAAGGAAUGUAGAGAGAUUGUUUUCUGGUUUGAAUAAAUCUCUCAUACAAGCUGGGAUUUGUCACUUUCUGUUGAGAGACGUUUAGUGCACCGUGCAAGCAGACGGACUGGCUUUGACACAAACAACACCGCAGAGUCCUGAAAGGAAGCAGGAAUUUCGGGUUUAGGGAGAGGAUUGCUGCAGGAAGAUAUGAAGAUAAACGGAGAGCGAGUGCCUCAACUGUGCUUAACAAAGGCAGGGAGUGAAAAUAAAAAUGGAAAAAGAGGAAGGACUUGUUUGAGAUAAGGACAAAGAAGAGGGGACUGAAGGGGGGGGGGGGUAGACAUGACAAACUGUCAGAAGGGACUGGACGUGCGAGGACAUUGACAUGGAAGAGAGGUGUUAACUGCAUUCACGCCAAUCAGAGGGAAGUAUAACCAAAGAUUCUGAGUGAGAGAGAGAGAGAGAGAGAGAGAAGAUGGAGACAGGUGAAGAGGGUGGGGCUAAGUAAUUUGUGAAGGUGUGACCAACACAAACAGAAAGAAAGCCACAUUGCUGGGAAAUCUCAUGAGACAGAAACAACGAGGAAGAGAAUAAACUGGGAGAAAUUUGGCAAACUUGGGGUAUUAUAUGAGAAGAGAGGGAAUGUGAUCAAAGGAAGUAAAACUUUGGAUUAACACCCACUUCCUCGAGAUCUCAGACUGAGAGGAUGUCGUCUUUGUCUGAAGCAGAUAGUCGGUGUGCGACUGGAGACACCAUCUGUGAGAUUCGGGUGUACGAGCAGGAGGUGAUCGUGGUGCCCGUGCUGUUCCUCUUCACCUUCUUGGUGAUGCUGAUCUUCCUGCUUCUGCUGCGGUUCUGCCCGGAGAAAGUGGACCGCAUACGACCGCAGAACAUCGGCUCAGUGAUGCGACCGCAGAGGUCCAGGAGAAACCUGCAAGGAAUCGACGCGCCCCUGGGAAUUAACCCCUUAGAGCACGAGAGCAUCGCCUUGGACGUCCCCACCUACUCCACCUUCACCGCCCCCCAGCACACCCUCGCCGUCCCCCUGGAUGAGCUCGCGUACGCCAGCUUCAGAAGCAGCUCCCAGCAGCCCUCCGGCAUGCCCCCGGAGCUGCCCACGCAGAGGCUGCCGGAGUCCUUCAACCUGGUCUCCCCCCUCCCGCUCACCUUCUCCAUGAGGGAAGGGGACUCCGUGUCCCUGUACAGGGCCAGGAUGGGCCACAGGGACGUGAUUCUGAGAGUUCUCAAAGACUCGGCGAGCCCCAAAGAAAAGCAGUCCUUUUUGGGAUUUGCCUCCUUCCUGACACAGCUUGGGGCGCACCCCUUCCUCCCUGCGGUGCUGGGCGUGGUCUCACUGCGGGCGCCACUGAUCACGGUCGUGGAGGAGCUGGAGAACAGGGACCUACUGGGUUUUCUGUGGAGGUGUAGGCAGGAUCAUGUGGGCAGUGAGGCUCCAUGUGACCUAACGGAGAGGCGAAUUUUCACCAUGUCCAAUCAGGUGGCCUCUGCUCUGGACUACCUUCACAAACGGGACAUUCUCCAUGGCAACGUUGGAGCACGCAGCGUGCUGGUUAGCCGGGAGCUAACAGCCAAGCUGUGGGGAUUGGGGAACGCCUAUGCACGGAAGACCCAGGAAGCCCCUGUUGUAGAGGGGCCUUGGCAGAAAAAGUGGCAGGCCCCUGAGGUAUUGGCCCGGAGAGAAGCCACACAGGGCAGCGAUGUCUGGUCAUUUGGCAUCUUGCUGUAUGAAAUGGUGACGCUAGGAGAUGCCCCAUUCCCGGAUAUCUCAGUCAAUGAGCUGAUGCAGUAUCUCCAGAGAGGAAAGACCCUGAAGAGACCAGUCAACUGCUCCAACUCACUUUACUCAAUCAUCAAGAGUUGCUGCCAUUGGAAAGAAGCCGACCGUGCCACUUUGUCUGAGGUGAUCCGCAAGCUCCAAUCAGGAGAGAAAAGUGCCAAUGACAAAUCUGUUAUUCGAGUGCCUGAGCCAAUCAACAUUGAAAAAUACCUGCAGGAGGCGGGAUAUGGGGAAACCCACAACUACACUGUGUUCUGAUGUGCUGUUGGACUGAACAUCACGUGCAAUAGGGUGAUACUGAAGACAUGGGUGGUAGAUUGAGAUUUGUAGACUUGAACGCAGUAUCACUGUGGUAGCUAUUAUGACAGUUUACAUCUCGUUUACAAACAUUAUGUACAGUAAGAGUAAUAUAUUGCAAGUAUCGUGUCAAGAAAAAUCUGUAACUCUAAAUCAACCUUUCCCUUUGUUAUUGUAAAAUACAAUAUUAUUCUAUUAUGACACCUACAGUUAUGAGGUGGUGUCAGUGCGUCAAAGCAUUCCUGCAUUGUUGGCGUGACCAUACAUGCAGUAUUUCUGGUUUCUGGUCGUCGUGGAGAUCUGCUGAGUCAGUGCACCGGUAGAGCAAGUGAAGUGGAAUGUAUGCCACCAGGAUUACUUUGUUUGCCGAUGGAGUGAAUGCAUAACAACUCCACAGAGCAAGAGAGGCUUUGGCUUCCUGCCAAGCUAACACUGACUCCAGUACUUUUUCAGCUUGGAGAUUUUAGUCAGUAGACAUUAUGCAGGGCUAAUUCAUAGCACUUUCAGUAAGUAAAUUAUAUAUAUAUUUCUUGAUGAAAUUUGGGAGGGGUCUGUGUUUGGUGGGGCUGCAGAAGAAUAUCACAAAAACGUCAAAACCUUCUGUUACUUUCAUUUUAAAAACAAUUCACUCUACUACUUUCACUUAAAGUGCUUAUCAUAACGAUUUUAUGUUUGUUCAUGAAUGAAAGGAAGAAUUGCCAAUUUCAAAUAAAAUGCUAUUUAAUGACA